AUGGUGACGUCAUGCCUGAGGAGUGUCAUCCGCGAGGAAGCACAGGCACUGAGGCUCGAGUUCUUUCGUCAGACGGGCAUCACCGCAGGAGCAGGCGACAUGAGCGCCCCUCCAUUUCAUCACGCUGGCCAUCUGCAACGUUGCGGUGGCUGCGGGGCGCUGAAGAAUCACACGCAGCACCACUACCCCGAACAGCGCCAGCGUCGCCAAGAGCCUAGCCUGGUGUUGCAGCAACUUCAACAAAGCCAGGCUCGCGACUUCCUUGAACAAGUUGCAAGACGCCAUGGGAACUCUUUACUGACUCGCCUCGACAAGCAGCUAGCGGUCAAGGUCGUUGGUGGCGACAACAUUGACUCUGCAGCCCUACCGUUACCUGAGUCGUCUGAAAGCAGCUUCAGCCUCGGAGUGGACAGUAGCAUUGAGCUCUCGCCUAGCCUAGACGAAUGUGAUGUGGAGAUGCUUGCCCCGCGAGAAGUUAAGCCGCAAGAGUACGAUUUACCGCUGUUGGAAAGACGGUACUUAGCACAGACAGUAUUUUGCGGUCGUGCAUGGUACAUUUCUCAUGUUGUGCAGCCCCCCUUGCGAAUAACUAGGUCGUUGCAAUCCCUUCUUGGCUCGUUUUUCUGGUCAGGUGGAACAGAGCUGGUUUGCCGCGCUGCGCUUGGGCAACCACGCAACAGAGGUGGAUUCGCGUUCCCGUCUGUGUCUGUUCGCUGCCGGCUGCUUGCUCUGCGAUUCUUGCUUCGGUUGCUAAACGGUGACCAGUGUCCAGCGCUUGAUCUUGCCUGCUAUUUCUUAGGCACAAAGUUACGCUAUUUGUUACCGGGAGCAAGGCUUAACUCCGCGCCGCAAGCACUUAACGUGCCUGCAUUUUACUCCACGGCAGUAGCAUUUUAUCGGCAUGCACAGCAGGUUUGCCCUGAUGUGGACAUUCUAGAAAACCGGGUUGUAGAUACAACGGCAGCCCUGCUGCUCCCUCUGGUUCCUCCAGCCCGUCUAGCACGUUCGAGUCGUGUCUCGUGGAGCGCGAUAACGGCAUCCUUUCUACCUGGUCAUCUCCGUGACUUCAUGUGGCGUCUGGGAUGGAGAGUACUCCCAACACGAGACAGGCUGGAGAGGUGGGGCAUGGUCCCAUCUUCCAUUUGUCCUAACUGUCCACUACAAGAGUCCAACCAGCAUGUGCUGCAGCAGUGUGUAAUUGCAAGGGUAUUUUGGCGAGCCGUUAACACUGGUUUCCGUGGCCUAGGAGUUAAUCGUUUCGUCACAUCUGGCCGCUGCUCGCGUAGUCGCUUUGCACACCUUCUAAUUGCUGCGGGGGCUUUUUGUUUGUGGCGUAACAGGUGUGAGGCUGUUGCAGCAGGUCACCGUCGCCGAACUCUGUUUCCGAUUCUGGAACGGUUGUACUCCGAACUUAUGUCCUUUUUGUCGGAGGAAUUGUUCUUCCUUGGGGAAGAGGAAUUCCUACGGCAAUGGUCAUGCCGUUUCCUGUCGGUGGUUGAUGGG